AUGGCCGAUUCGGCCUCCCAUAAUCAGCCUCCUUCGGACCUUCCCCACCCUCAUCCACACUCAUAUUCCCAUACUCAACCUUCUCCUACCCUCUUGGAUACUCCCCACUUGAGUGGAUCCAGUACGCCCGUUCAGCCUGAAACUCCACACACCAUCCAACUUCAGACACCUACCACUCAUGCCGAAGGAUCAUCAUCCAGCAGUUCACCGGUGAACAAGACGGGCACUGUCGCCGCAUGGGAGGAUAAAGGGAAAGGCAGAGCUGAAGUACAAAACAACGAGGAUGAUGAUGAGGAAAUGAUGGAUCUCGAUGCAUUACGACGGAUGAGUGCUAGAGUAUCGCAGAUAGAGCAUGGUGAGAGAACAGGAGACGGAUGGGUUCAGCGAGAUGAGUUGUUGGGAAUGGUCAAGUCAAUAUUGCCUUUAGCGAUUGAACAGAUACCGUUCCUGCAAGAGAGAUUAUCGGCGCAGAGGGAUACGAUAAAGACAAUGCAACAGCAAGCUAGGUUGUCGGAGCAGCUCAUGGCUAUCGAGCGAUCACGUCACACUGCCGAAAGAGAUUCAUGGCAUGCUGAAACUCGAGCACUGAUGCAUCAAAGAGAAGCCGAGAUUGCUGCUGGGACCAGACCACGUAAAGUGUUGGAUCUGGAUGUAGGGUAUCAUCAGGAGUUGGAAGCUGCCAAUAAGAGGCUGGAGAUGGAUAAUAGGUUAAUGGCGCCAAGGCUCGCCGACACACAGAGACAGAUAGAUAAACUAGUGACCGAAUUACGAUACCUUCGAUCUCACGUCAUCUUGAACUCCCAACCUAUCACCAAAUCAGGUGAACACUCCCACACUCACCCUCAACCCCCUAUAUCAUCUUAUCUGCCAACUUCGGGUAGACGUCAUUCCCGAUCGCCAAUCAAGGGGUCCAGCAAGGUGACGAUGGGGGACGCCCGAACCGAACAUUUGCUACUCGCUGCAGAAAGAGUUAGAAACCUGCGUCAAUCCGAUGACCAGAUCGGUCGACUGACAUUGGACGAAUUGAAGCGGAACGGCGUCGUAGGACCGAGCGGGGGUGUGGGAUUCUCAGAAGGGUACGGUGGGAUCGAAUCAGAAGCGGAAGAUGACUUGUCUGAAGAAGAGGAGAAGCCCUUACAAAGUAGAAGACCAAGUAUGUCAGCUGCCAAAUCCAAGGGUAAAUCAUCUCAAUCACAAUUUCAACCACAAGGAACGCCAUUACUUCCUCGGCCUCAGAAAUCUAGGAAGAAUCAUAACCCACCACAACAACCUACUAUACCUCAAACUCCUUCCAAAUCUAAUCGAAAACAACAACAUCCUCCACCUCAGACCACGCCUGGCGGAAGCAACUUCAACGACCUGCUUCGUGCGGCUGAACUCGCUACUCGACCUGGUACGCCCACACCUGAAGAUAGGUCUCAGAAGAUCGUACCGCUUUCUGCUAUGUCUGCGACUCGAUCAACCACCAGAACAAGAGAUGAAAGUGCUAGUGAGAGAGGCAGUCCCGUUAAGCGAGUUAGGAGGGACGAAUGGUCCUCUGGAAGAGAAGAUGAGUUACCACCUCUGGGCACUCAGCAAAGUGCCAUACCGAACAGUCAAGGAUCUGCAUCGGCACUUGAUUUAUUGGCUCAGGCGAGUCAGUUGGAAGUCGCCAAAUCAGGUGAAAUGUCUUCUAGUAGCUCUUCUGGACCAUUACCAUCGGCAACUCGAUUAGGUGAUUUGAUCGACCCAAAUGACGAGGCCCAGAAUAGUAGUAUCGGUCCUGCAAUCGAUCUCACUCUAUUCGCCAGACCGGCCCGACCCGCACAACCGCCAUCGGCACAUGGAGAUCACCAGAAUCAAAAUCCGGCCGAUCCGAAUCUCACCACGCCCAAGAACCGGCCUAGAGCAUAUAGCGGGACGUCUGAUCUCGCCACGCCGGUCACUGCAAGGGAAUACCCCAGCUCGACGGUUUACCCUACACCUGGUAACGACCGGGAUGGAGAUGGCGAGUACGAUGAGAAUGACGCAUUCGCCAGUCCUGCUGUACCUGGAUUAGGCAAGUACGUCCAUCUCACGAGCAGUCUACCGGCAAGGAGGAUUAGAAGCCCGUACCUCAAAUGGACGGUUGAAGAGGACGAACUUCUCGCUAGAGCCGUGGCGAUCCAUGGAGAGAAGUGGGAUUUGGUAUCGAAGGGUGUACCUACGAGAUCGUAUCAUCAAGUCAGACAGAGAUGGUUACGAAAGACAGGUGCAUUUGACAAGAAAGGCAAUGAUGGUGGGAAUGGAAUCAUCAACUCUUCGAUGGGUAUGGGAAUGGGCAUGGGCAUGGAAGAUGAUGAUGAGUCGCCUACACCUGAUGAGAAGACUCCGACGGGCAAGAAGAAGAGAAGGAUGAGUCAGGUGUAG